AUGCGUGUUGCCGAAGGUGCAGCAUUUAUGUCCUUGGAGAAGCCUCCCAUCCGAAAAGAAGCCGGGGAGGGGGGAAAUCUUCGCGUAACGUCGGGUGCUCCACACACAUGCAUGCAGAGAGCAGGAGGCAGCGAAAGUCGUGCAGCGGAAGGGGGCGGGGAGAACGAAAGGAGGGAGGAAAGAGGUGGGGGAACUUGCCUCUUGGCAUCAGUUGCAGUUGGAGUCAGAAGAUCGCUACAAGAAAGUCGCUCUGCAGCCUCCGCCUCUGCAAGGGGAUUCCAGAAAACGUCGAAGGCGGGGGGCCCCUCCUUAGUGCCCCCUUCCCUCUCCACGCAACAGGGUGUUGCUCCCCCCCAUCCAAGCUCUUGGAGAUUUCCAGGGAGUGCCGCUGCUGCUGCCGCUGCUGCUGCCGCUGCUGCCUCUAGACGCAGCGAAGGAAGCAUGAGCGUCGCAGCGCCCCCCCCCCUUCCCGCCAUCUCCGUGCCUGUGGCAGACUGCGCGUCCGCAGCGUCUCUUGCGCGAG